GGGUGGGGGUGUACAGGAACUGAUGAUCACAGCUUAUUCUCCAUGGAUACCUCCACACCAGGAACCACAUUUAGCUUCCUGCUGUUUAGAACUGUGUCUUUAGCCCCAGAGGCUGGAAAUUACACUCUGUGGUUUUUUACUCCACUUCCCUUGUCAAUGCCAGUAAAAAGAAGCCAAAUCCAAGGGAGAGCAUGUGUCUGGCUAGCUGUCUGCACUGCAUGCCCUGGCAGGACAAGGCUCCUAUGUGGUGGAGAGUGGCUGCAUCUGCAAGUCUUUGCUGUCCUGGUUGCCUUGCUGGGAUCUGUUUUCAGUUGCUGCUGAGACAAACUCCCCAGUCAAAUUAUUGAUGCUUUUCAAGUCCAAGGCAGCAAGGUUUCCUGUAAGCGCAGUUGUACAUUGCAUUUGCAUGAGUCGCCUUUUUGGUUGUCUCGAAACCUCCAUAGACAGAAUUCUGUCAUUAAUUUUACUCUUCUAUUCAAUGGUAAUUUGUACAUUGUGCCUAUCCAGCACAAGCCAGGGAGUGAUGAUGUUGGUACUGUGCUGAAGGACAUUCAAAGUGUGGGCAAAUCCAUUGUUUUGCUCUGAGAUGAACCAAAUGUCAAGGGCUGAUCCUUUGCUAAGCUGGGAUACGUGCUGGGUAAUCAUCCUUCCUCAGUAACAAAUACAAAUUCUGGAGUCUUGUGAGUUGGGUCUGCUUGAGUGCCAGUAUUGCUGUAGGAAAGUAAUUUUUAAAGGUGCUUUUUUCACUCAUGCUCUGAGUUUGUGAAGGGUUUUUUCUGUGCAAUCUCCAGUGAUAUGGUACCCAGCCCUGAUGAAAGAUUUAACCUUUGGACUUCCCCCUCCUUUGCCAGGACGUAGAGCCUGGCAGCCUUCAGCAAAUCCCCGUGCUCGGUGGUGACAUGUUGAACAAAAAGGUGUGCCCAGAGAUCUUACAGGUCACUCUCCCUAGGCUUGGUUGGAAUCCUGGAGCUCUGACACUCCAGAUCCAAGCCAGCAGACAUCUGUGUAUGUCUCUGUGUUGAUGUGUCUGUGCCAGCCUUUUUGGUGAGUCAAGACUCUGUUUCUAAGCUGAGAUGUUACUAAAUUAGAGGGACUGGGUGACGUGGUCAAGCUGCAGCGCAAGAAAUUCAGAUUGGACAAUAGGAAAAACUUCCUUCUUCUACCCUCUUAGAAAAGGGGUAAAUCUCCUUUCUUUGAGAUUUCCAAAGCUUGCCUAGAAAAAGCCACAGCUAAACUGAGGUGCUCAAACAGCAGGGUGGAUGAGCUCUCCCGUUCCCUGCCUUCCAAAAGUCCUUUAAGUCUGCAAAGUCAGAGCACUGGAACCUCUGCCUUCUUUUUCUCUUCAAAAGAAAGAUAAUCCUUAACCAGACUUCCAGGCUUCAAUGAGUAAGAAAACAAAUAAAUAAAACCCCAAGCAAAUAAGCAAGCAGACAAACAAAACCCUAAGUAAACAAGCAACUAAACAACAAAACUCCCAAAGGCCAAAUGAAUCUUAUUUAUUUCAUUUCCCAAUUGGCAGUCAGCCUCAUGAUUUGUGUGGAUUUAAUACUUUUUUUUUUUUUAAGUUUUUGACCUUGGCUGGUAAUCUGUAGUUUGAGUGGAGUCACAUGUGAAUGUUUGCUAGCUCAGAAUUACUAUAAAUUUACAGCACCUGGAAAGGAGGGAAAAUGGCUCAGGAAAAGGUGAUGAAAGGGGCUCUGACUACAUGCAAGAGUUUGAUUUGUUCCAGGAUCUGUAUAAACCUACUGGAAUUGGAAAUAGCUGUUCUGCUGUAAGCUUCACUUGCAACCUCCAAAAAUAAAAGCAAAGUGCCUUUCAUGAAGAGUUAAACCAGUCAUCUCUCCUGAGCCACCAGGGGCAGUAAAAGUGAAGGAAGUGAAGUAGUUAAAAGAGUUGAAGAGCUUAUCACAUGCUCUUGUUUGGGGCAAUUUUCACUUUCUCUUCGCUGGGACACUCCAGCUGAUUUUUGUUGUGAUGGCACUUGGAGCAGCGAUCCUGAAGAACCAGAUUUGCGGUUUUGAUGCACAGUUACCUUUGAUCCUGCCUAGCAAGUGAGCAAAGGGAAGAGGAAAAAAAAGAAAGAAAGAAAGAAACAUUAAAUCCGUGGCAUGCUGGCUCAGCACCUUUCACACUCCUGUCCUGCAGCCAGCCAUUCUGUGAGCACUAUGAAUGCAAAAACCAGCUCUGCAGGUGAGGAAGAAACCUCAGGAAUGAGCAAUGAGACCCUGGGAGAGAGUGGGUGCUGGGGAGAGGCCAAAAGGCGACAAGUGAUCCGUGUUGCCUACGUGAUUGCAGCCCUGGACCUGACCUUUCUCUUCAUGCAGAUUGGAGUCAUGCCUUACUUGGCAAAGAGCCUAGGUUUGGAUUCAGUGGGGUUUGGCUAUCUCCAGACCAUCUUUGGUGUCCUCCAGCUUGUGGGAAGUUACAUUUUUGGAAGGUUUGCAGAUCAAUUUGGUGCCCGAGCUGCUCUAAUUCUCUCCUGUGCAUCUGGAAGCAUCUUCUUCCUGCUUAUGUCCCUCUCCACCAAUAUCCCCCUCCUCUUCCUCUCCAGGCUGCCAGGAGUGUUCAUGCAUGGGAUGCCAGGUGCUCAGAAGGUUAUUACAGAUAUGACCACUCCUUCCCAGCGUGCUGGUGCUUUGGGGAAGCUGGGCUUUUGCUUUGGAGUGGGCAUCGUUGCUGGCUCUGUCGUGGGAGGUGUUCUGUCCACCAAAUUUGGUGUUUAUGUUCCUACAUAUGUUGGGUUGGUGGGAAGUCUCAUCAACACCUUCAUAGCAAUGGCUUGGAUCCCUUCUCAGACUAAACCAAAGUCAGACCAUCAUGUGACAGAGCACAGCACAUCACAGUCUGGCAGCUUGUUUAGCAUCAGAGAAAUCCUGCACCUGAUGAAGUUUCCAGGCGUAAUGGAAGUGUUCAUAGUCAAGGUCUUUGCUGGACUUCCCAUAGGUUUGUUCAUGAUUAUGUUUUCCAUCAUCUCUAUGGAUUUCUUUGGGUUGGAAGCAGUGGAGUCUGGAUAUCUGAUGUCAUAUUUUGGUGUCCUUCAAAUGGUUGUCCAGGGUUUGCUGGUUGAGAAACUUGCAAGUCACUGCUCAGAGAUGACCCUGCUCAGACUCAGCGUCUUCAUCUUUGCUGGCGUGGGCCUAGGCAUGGCCCUGAUGAGGACGGUGUGGCACUACUGCAUCAUUGUGGUGCCGAUGGUGUUUGCCUUCAACAUGCUGGCCACCAUCACCGACAGCAUGCUCACCAAGGCUGUGCCCUCCUCCAGCACUGGCAGGAAGAGAAAAUUCAGCCCUACACGCACGUGCUGCUCAGCUGGACACAUGAGCUGGUGGGAGGGCAGCCCGGAGUCCCAGAGGGGGACUUGCAUUCACACAAGCACUCCUUGUCCACCCUGGUCCUUCCCCAAGAAUGGAGGUCUUGUUCCUGCACAGAUCCCCCCCAUUCCUGAGGGAGGGAGGCAGGAAGCCCAGCAGAGCCUCCGUGCCAUGCUUGGGAUUUGCGCCUCAGUGCAGCCCUUGACCCGGACGGUGGGUCCAACCAUUGGUGGGGUUUUAUAUAAACAAUUUGGAGUCUCCUCCUUUGGCUAUUUACAGCUAAUGGUCAAUUUAAGUUUGUUUGUUUACCUCUUGAAGAGUAAAAUCCCACUGAAGAGAUGAAAAUCCAAUAAUACACUAGCAAGAAAGUAAUCCCCUUAUUUUUCCCACAAAAAUAAAUUCUUGAGGGCUUUUUUUUUUGAUUCUGUAAGCCUAGAAUAAAACAAUUUGAACAAUC